UCGCUUAUCUCCUUCGCCUCAUCUCCUCUCGCCUCCCUCUCAGCUCAAGAAGGCUUCGCGUCCAUGGCGUCCACCGCGCUGGUGGGAGUGGGAGUGGGAGUGGGAGCCGGCCUCUUUCCCUGCCUCGUCGCCGCCUCCAGAUGCAGCUCCACCUCCGUAUCCUUCGCGCUCCGCGCCUGCGGCGACUUCCGACGGCUUCGCCGCCGCCUCGUCGUCCCACGGAGAGGAGGCGCCGGGGGAGAGAGGACGACGAGAUGGGAUAUGCUUCAUUGUGUCAAUGAGGUGAAUGUGGCGACCGAGGAUGGCACUGUGGAUGAUGAAGCUACUGACGAUGAAACGGACCCUGAUGCUGCUGCUGAUGAAACUAGUGAUGCCGAUGGUGAUACUGAAGAUGCACUCCCUGACGAUGUUGCUUCUGCUGAAUGGAUAAAACAGCAGCCUCUCCCUUACCCUUCGGAUGCUCUGGAGCCAUACAUAAGCAAGGAGACGGUGGAGCAGCACUGGGGAGUUCAUCAACAGAUGCAUGUGGAGAGGCUCAACGGCAUGAUCGGUGGCAGUGAGUGGGAGGCAAUGUCACUGGGGCAGAUGAUGCUCGCCUCCUUCAACGAGGGCAGGGAGCAGCCCCAUCCUCCCUUCUUCCAUGCUGCACAGAUAUGGAACCAUGAUUUCUAUUGGCGAUCAAUGAAACCCGGCGGUGGGGGCAAGCCCCCGGAGCGGCUUCUGAAGUUUAUUAACAGGGACUUUGGUUCCUACGAUGGCAUGGUCCAACAAUUCAUGGAUGCUGCACUAACUCAAUUUGGUUCUGGAUGGGUUUGGCUUUCUUACAAAGGAAGCAAGCUGCCUUAUGUGAAUUCAAGAAGCCCAAUCCCAUCUGACAAUUACGGUAGGCUGGUCAUCUCAAAAACUCCAAAUGCCAUCAAUCCUCUUGUCUGGGGUCACUCUCCACUCCUUGCAAUUGAUGUUUGGGAGCAUGCGUACUACCUGGAUUACGAGAAUCGAAGGGCUGAUUACGUCUCCGCAUUUCUGGAGAAGCUUGUGUCAUGGGAAAUGGUUGAGUCCAGGCUCAAGAAAGCAGUUGUGCAAGCGGUGGAAAGAGAUGGGUGUAUCAGCAGGAGGCAUCUAAGGAAGCAAAUUUUAGCUCGGGCGAAAAGCCAGAGUAGAGCUAGGCCUCGGCAGGGCAGACAAACAGCGAGGCGAGGAGACCAAGAAGUCGCCAGCAUCAGUCCCGUGGAGGAAUGACAAACGCAGCUGGUAAAUGAGGUGCAUCAGGUGGCUUGUGUAGCUGAAUUGAGCCACGAAGACGGACAGCCAUGGUAGCCGAUCAAAUCUUUUGGAUGCCAGCCUUCAAAGUUAUGUGCGCAUGAUGGUUUUGCAGAGGCUGCAUACCCACAAUACUGCGUGGGGUAAGUUUUGGUAACUAGUUUUAGGGUAGAGGAAGGAGUAGCUAGACAGAUUUUCGCCUGCAGGGCUCAAUUCAACCAGAAGUAGCAGGAUUGAUACCAUGUUUUGUCCAAGCGAAAAUAAUGGUACGUUUUGCUUGCUAUUCUGAAUGACAAACCGAAAGUAACAUAGGGAGGGCAUGCAUGUUCUU